UAAAGUCACUGAGCUCCUCAGUUUGUCAAUUGAGACUGCAUGACUGUGUGCUGAUUUAAUGGACCUGUGAACAAUGAAACACCUCAACUCAGACCUUUGGUGGGCCGGCCACACACUUCUGUCCAUAUGUAGUGUAGUGUAGUGUGUGUUUUCUUUAGUGAAUGCAAUGCACUUUUGUAAGUCAGUUACUUCUCUGCCAUGUGAGCCAAACACCUCAUAGUGGCAAUGAGGUUUGAAAAAGCCUUCUUUGUUUUUAGGGUUUCUCUGUCUGUUUUAUAUUUAGGACGGCGAGCUCCUGUUUACAGCCUGCAGCCUCCUACACCUCAGAGCAGAGACGCGUUUCUGCAAUAUCGUGAAGCUCCAAUUGUUGCUCCACAGGCUCCUAAAUCUCAAAGCAGAGAGAAGGUUUUACAAUGUCGUGAAGCUCCAAUUUUCCCCUUACAGCCUCCUGAACCUCAGAGGAGAGACGAGUUUUUACAAUACUUAUGUCUACUCACCCUGGACAUCAAUACGGCAAUCAGAGACCUCCGCCUGUAUGAAGGGAAUAAGAAGGUGACACGUGAGCGGACAGAGACCAGAUAUUUUAAAUAUCCUGACAGAUUUGACUGGUGGGCCCAAGCUUUGUGCAGAGAGGCUCUGACUGGAACUCGGUGCUACUGGGAGAUUCAGUGGAGUGGAGAACACGUGGAGAUAGGAGUCUCAUAUAAAGGAAUGAGCAGGAAAGGAGAUGGCGUGUAUCGUUUUGGAUUCAACGACAAGUCCUGGAGUUUGUUAUGGUCUGACUCCCAGUACUCUGUUUAUCAUAAUAGCCAGCAGACUGUAAUCAGCGCCCCCUACAGCCCCAGAAUAGGCGUGUAUCUGGACUGGCCUGCUGGCUCUCUGUCAUUUUAUAGCGUCUCACACUCAAUGACCCUCCUGCACAAGUUCAACACGUCCUUCACUGAGCCUCUCUAUCCAGGGUUUGGACUUGGUUGGAACACCAGUGUAAAAAUCUGCAUCUGACUCCAUGUGACCACUGACCAGUACCCUCCACUUGUAGUUUGGGGUCAAAAAGAAUUUCAUCAUCACCUCUGUGACUGAAUUUAGGGAUGAGAGUGCAGGGCGCGUGCAGCUGUCAGGGUCUCCAUUCUUACAGGGCUGUGGUUCCCUAAGUCUGUCCGGAGGACUCACUGUGGCUGCAGGUUGUUAUUCCAGUCAAAUUCACAAAUAGUGAUAAUAAUUGAUCUCAUUUAUUUAAACAGUCUUUUUUCUCCCUUCUCUUAUUCUGCUUUUAGAAAAGCAAAGCUGUAUGACAUGUAUAAGACAUUUAGAAAUAUUUCUACUUUUGCUUUUAAUG